AUGUCCGAUUCCGAAGCUAUGAGCGUGGACUCCGGUGUUGCCAACUUUCGGUCAUUCGUUGCCUUAGGCUUUCACAGCGCCGUUAUUUACUCAGCUACCGGUGGAAUUGAGAAAGAAAUAGAUUUGAUCACUCAUCACAAGGGAAUAGAGCCCGAGAACCCUCUGAAGCUGCCACCAGGGUGUUACAUAAUAGCACUGCACAUAUUAGGAGAGAGACCAACAUCCAAGACCAAGCCCGACGGUACAACAGUGGAAAGUUAUGAACACGUGAAAUGGCACUUCGAUAUAGAAAGCGAGUCCAAAAAAGCUAUCACCGACUCAGUGAAAAUUACAGCUGUUUUGAAUUCUACCGACAUGGAUCCGUUAGAUUCCGCGCCAUCUUUCGCCGUUAAGCCAUCAAAUGAUACUGUUAUUGAGUUGGGAACGAUCGAUCUUUGGCGUGAGGAGAAUUUGACCGUGAUGCUUGUGGGUCAAAUCCAUCAAAUAUUUCUUUUUGGAGAUGAUCUCAUGUUCAAGCCAUUUAAAGGAAAUCCCAAGUACUACAUCCAGGUCACUUGCGAUGACGAGUGA